AUGGCGGGGCAAGAGGAUCUCGUGCAGCGGGAGAUUCACCAGGACCGGGAGAACCGGGAGUACAUUGAGGUCAUCACCAGCAGCAUCAAGAAAAUCACGGACUUUCUCAACUCGUUUGAUAUGUCUUGUCAUUCAAGACUCGCAACGCUAAACGAGAAAUUGACAGCCCUUGAAAGGAGAAUCGACUACAUUGAAGCACGGGUGACAAAAGGUGAGAUGCUCACCUAGGAGUAUGCCACGCUGCUGCUGAGAAGUUGCUUGACAGAACACAGGCCAUGUGGGAAAGGCCCCAGCAGCCUUCAGCUCCUUCCUCUCUCCUUAAGGAGCAACAGGGCUUAUUCUUGUUUUUCUUUUUUCAAAAGAGUGGCCUUCGGG